UAACUAUGAUAACUCCUCCAAAAAGUCCAGACUCAGUGCAAACUUGUAGAAAUAAAAAGUUAACAGCAAUUGAUUACUCUUCUGUUUACCAAUGCUUUAUUUGUUUUGAAUUAAAUUGGGAUUAAGUUCCUUUGAUAAUUUUGUGGAUUUAUAAAUUAUAAAUGCAAAGGUUAAGGCUGAUUCUAUCUCUAAAGUGAAUCGGUAUUUUGUGUUGUUAUAUUUUCAAUGUCUAUACAUUAAACUAUGUGUAUUUUGUGAAGUCUAUUGAAAAGCCUGAAACUUAGAUUGUUAUUUUUGUUUUAAAUCUGAUUUUCGAUCUGUUGAAUCAUGUAUGAAGAGCCUCCACCGCCUUAUUCAGCUGCAACGGCUCCUGGAUCAUCACAACCUCAAUCUACGCCUUGGUCUGGUUCACAAGGCAAAGCUCCUCCAGCUUUUCCUGGUGGUCCGAUUCCCGUGAAUGUGAUUCCCCCGACAAAUUUUGGAGCUGAACCUGUUCCAACAGUUGUUUACAAUAUAACUACAUUCGAUUUGAGCUCCAGUCCUUACCCACAACACACGAUCUGCACAAAUUGUCGAGCAAACGUUGUUACAGAAACCUUACCCGCUCCUGGACUUUUGACUUGGAUCCUUUCUGGAAGCAUAUUGCUUAUAGGAUGUUGGGCCGGGUGUUGUUUGAUCCCCUGUUGUAUCCCAGAAUGCCAGGAUGUUGAACACAGAUGUCCUAACUGUAAAACCAAGCUUGGAUUGUAUAAGCGACUAUAAGCCAAGUACCGGUCAAUGGUAUUCAGUGUUAUCAUGUUGGUCUUAAGAUGUUUUUAUGCUGAUUAUUUUAAUCGUCAAACCAAAAAAGUUCAUUCUUAUUUUAUCUCUGAGACAGUUUACAGUCUAAACUCUAAUAUUUUGAUGCUUUAAAGUGCUUGAAUUGCUUGUUUUCAUAUGUCUCACAAUUUUCUAAUUCAAAAAAAUGAAAAAAGCAUUAUUUUAGAGACAAUUUUAAAGCUAAAUUUAACUUCUAUACUUCACCAUAAUUUAUCAUUUAUUCAUGUAUUAGAAUCAGUGCUUCAUUUUUUCUCACGCUAAUUAAUUGAACUCACAUUUUCAUGUAUGUAUUAUGAGUUGAGUUUGUCACAAAAAUUGUCAGCAAAAUCGUGUAUUCUGACUAUUGAACCAAAUUUUAUCAUUUAAUUUUGGACAAAGUAUGCUUGACAAUAUGUCCACCUAGACUUUUAUCAUAAAAUAUUAAAUACGUUUAUUUAAUUUA